UGGCAAACGACAGAAUAUUAAGUGUAGAAUGUCGGGCGGUAGCGAUUUUCCGUGGAAAUGUGCAGGUUUGCUGGGAAUUGUGGCUUUUUCACAAACUGCCUACAUCGUGUACAAGUGGCUGAAGGAGUCUCGUGGAAAUUCCUCAAAUAUCCACAAGGUCCUCUUCAUGAAUCCCCUCGUGUGCAGCCAGAAGUGUCGUGAAAUCAAUUGUCCGGGCACUCGCAGCAUGACCACGAGCAAUGUGUUUAAGGAAAUCGCGAAAAAGAUCGACAGUGCAAAAUUUUCCAUUGACUUGGCCAUUUACGUUCUGACAUGCAUUGAAGUCGCCAACGCCCUCCGGAGGGCACAGGAGCGCCAAGUUCGGGUGCGCGUGGUCGCGGAUAACUCAUUGGCGUGCUCCACAGGCUCCCAGAUUCCCGACCUGAUGAAGAAGAUUCCUGUGCUGCUGUACAACGGAGCUGACGGACUCAUGCACCACAAGUUCUGCCUCAUCGACGCCCCAUCAGCGCCCGCUGGAGGAAUGGAUACAGUGUUUGGAGGAAGUGUGAAUAGUGCAAUAAUGUGUGCUUCAAAGUGGUUUUGUGGCAAAAGUUCCCCGGAAAGUGAGCGAAAUAGUAUUCUCAUCACGGGAUCUCUCAACUGGACCCUCAGGGGAGCGACAUCCAACUUCGAGAACGUGAUUAUCACAACAAAUGGUGAUCUUAUUCGUGAUUUUCAGGCUGAAUUCCAAAGGCUGUGGACACAUUUGUCCGCAAACAGCUCAUAAGACAAUAUUUUGCUACAUAACCUCAUUCGGAGACAUUUCUUUUGACUUGUCAUUCACUUGUUUAGAGGAACAUGCAGAGGGCGCUGAAGUUUACAUUUCGCAUACCCUCUGGUGGGAAAUAGUGGAUUCAAAAUGGAGUAUGAAAAGGCGGGAUAGAAUUGCUUUUGAACUUAUAUUUUAUGGAUAUGAUAUGAAUUAUAAAUCAUUUUCCUUUAUUUGAAGAGUCUGAGGAUAUAAACUACCGCCAGGUCGUUGUACCUUAACUCAUCUUGCUAUCAUUUGAUAUUUUUACAUGAUAAAAUAUAUUGCAGAGACAGAGGAAUAUUAAAAACGUGCAAAAGUGUCGAGGCAAUGAUUUUGCCAGAUAAAUGUAAAAUCUCAUAAUAAAAGAGGAAUUAAAACGGCU